CGUUCGUGUGUCAUGGCGGAGUUGGCGAUGGCGAUAGCGCCAUAGAGGAAAAUAAAAUUUUCCUACCACAGCAGACAAGGCUUUGACUUUCGUUCGUGCGGCGGACGUCCUUGUCCUGCGUCGUGUGUGCCGUGUAUGGACGCGUUGACGUUGUAUAAGGAAAAAGUAGCAAAGUAGCUAAGAAAAAUUUCAGCCAUUUCUAAAUUAGUUGCUGAACAAAAAACAAAACAUAAAAUAUUUGCAAAAUUCUAUGUAAAUGUAGCGAAUUGUAAUUAAAGUACAAUGAAAAAAGUUGUUAAAAAGGUGAAAAGCAUUGCAGGAAGAAAAGAGCAAAAAGUGAAAAGCAUGAAACGAUUGGGGGUGAGGUUCCCAUUAACAGCAAACCACAAAGGAUUACAAAAUGAAAGAUGCUUCGCACUUAAAAUAUUCAUACAUGCAAGUGAAAGGUAGAGAAUAAAAUUUUCGUAAAGAAUUUUAAUUUAAGUGGUGCAGUAAAGUGAAAAUAUAUGCACAUAUAUACAUAAAAAACUUGAAUACACAGCCAGCAAGUGGCAGCGAAGACUACAUAAGUAGCGAAACCUCAUUUGUCAGGUAUUUCCGGUGUUGAACAUUGCACAGCGACAAAUGCCAGCAACACAAGCGGCAGUGAAUAAAUUCACAAAACUGCUAAGAAUUUAAUUCAAGCAAACAACACAUUUCUAUAUUAAAAAAAGCAGCAACAAUAAGAAUAACAACAAUAGCAGAAACAAUAACAGUGUUAACUGUGUAAGACAGAGCCAGCGCGGUACCAAUAACAAAAACACGGUAGGAGUAUAAAAUUGUCGAAAAAUCAAGAGCAAACAAAUUAAUUAAAUACGACAGCUAGGGCAGCAGUUGAUGGUGUGAAAAUAAAAGGCCUCGGAAAUUCAUUUCGUUUUCUUCGCACAAAGUCGUACGAAAGUACGAAACACAGUAGUAGUAAAAUUUUACAUAAGAGACCCACGAGCUGGAAGAGUGCACAACGGACAAUAACUAAGAUUCCUGUGACAUCAAUCCAUUUUGUGACAAAAUUAGAAGAGAAGUGAAACUAAACACACUGUGAUUGUACCCCCGGGCGUAAUUGUGCACCGGCUGCUUUUGUGUAAUUGAAGAACUCAAGUAAAAAGCACAACGCAGCUCGGCAGCUGUGGUAAACAAUUUGGCCCGCACUGCGUCACGCGUCCACACCGACUGCUGAAAGAAAAAUUAUGUGCUGAGCAGCGUACUUUGAAACACUUUUCAACACAAUCAGCUUCAACUAAACUACAACAACAAUAACUAUAUAAUCCUGCUCAACAAUGCCCACAACUCAUCCUUUUCCAAGUAUUCUGUGUGGCAUCGGUGCGCGUCAGUGAGGUGGCUUCUUUCUAUUGCUCCAACGGACCUGUGCUGCGCUACCCACUGGGUGUGAGUGUAUAAAAAAUUUAACAGCACUUCCGCACUAGUGCCACAACACCAUCAGUGCUGCACAGCCCCGAGUGCUGAUAGCGGCAGCGGCGUAGAGGUUGACGGUGGUUGCAUUGCAAGCCGGUACUGUUGCUCAUUUGGUCGACGCGUACCUCGAGUCUACGGCUUUGUACUUUAUGCUUUUGUGAUGACGCAAUGGAUUGCGGCCUCAAGUGGGCGCUUUUCAAUACUAAAACGACAUUCGCACCCACUUGUGAGGCUGCAAAUAGCGCGGCAGCAAAAUCGAAACCAAGAGCGAUAUCAAGAGCAACACCAACAGCAACAGCGUCCCUUACGGCUACAGCUGAAGCAGAAAUACCAACAACUACAAUUAAUUUACGAGAAAAGCCAAAAAUUGGCAGAACUACGCAAGUAUCCCUACGCCAUUGGCACAUUUUGGAUAUCCAGAAAAUAAACGCAUUUGUCACCGCAAAAGCUACCACUACCAACACCAUCCCCACCACUAGCCUAGGUGGGUUCACGAGAGUUUCGGUGGCGCGCAGACGUUGUGGCCACGGAUGUGCCACCAGAUUCACUCAAUUCACGCUUGCGGCGAAGAAGCAGGCGAUUCUAACAUAACCUCCCUCCUAGCAUCAGCGCUGGCAAAAAGUCGAAGAGGAGGAGAACUACAUAGAGCCUAAGAAAUAACAAUAACGGAAAACGGGUACAACGACAAAUGCUGUUUUAGGCGAAAUAAAUAUUUACGUGAAUAACGGGAACAACACACCUAAGAAAAUGAAACAUUCAAAUAUUUUUAUACACAAAGACAUGAUGGAAUUCGGCUAAGAGGAUUUUGUUGCACUGAAAGCCAAAAUCGAAAGCAAAAAACAGCUAAUAGAAACUAUAAGAAUACAAAAAAAACCCAACAAAAUAUAACAAAACAUUACCAACCUAAACUAUUCUCUUGUCUUGCGCGAAUUCAAUUUAAUUUCUGUCACGAAUUGAUUCGCCGCCUUACCACGUCUUGUCUUGACUUAAUUCAAUUCAACUAAAUCAAUUCGACUCUACUUGAGCUGUAGCUGCGACGACUCAGGCUGCUCCAGUUUUGACGUCAAGUGAAAAUUGAAUAGCAACGAACACCACCGCCGUCACUACAAUUUCGUCCUGUCUCUUCAUAACGUCGCGCUCGUUGCAGUACACCUGAAAUCUAGCAGACCAGCGAUUUGCGCUAACUAAACGUCGGCCCUUGUGAAUCAAGCCAACAAAAUAAAUUCCCAAACGAGGCAGACGUUUUCGUGCAAAUUGUGCCAAUCAAGGCGCAAUUGUUCAUUUGUGCUGUGGCCAUGGAGCCUCCUGGCGGGUUGCCGCCGGACAGAGAUAGACAACUAGUGCUGCGCCCACAGCAGCAGCAGCAACAGCUGGUGCCUUUGUUGCCGCAAGUGAAGCCGACUCUAGCACUAAAUAUACAGCAGCAGCAGGAAGCACCAACGACCAUUGCCACAUCGCCAGCUGCGGCUGCAACGCACGCCAGCUCAUCUGCUGCAACGAACGCCUCUGCAAAUGCGCCAUCGAUCAACACCACUAACGCACUUGUGCUCGUGACUAGCAGUGAUGUUGUUUGUGUAACUGCUGCAUCCAAUAGUACUGCCGCAACAAGCACCGGCCCUGCACUGGCGUCCGCAGCCAUAGCGAUAUCGGGCACCACUCAGGCGGCUACUGCGUUCAGCGGCAGUGCAGUGGGUGUGCAGAAUCAUCCUCACCACCACCAUCAGCCCCAUCAUCAGCAUUCGACGCAGCAGCUAUCGCAUCACCAGCCUCACCUUCAACAUCCCCAUCACACGCACCACUUACCACAUCAGCAGUCGCAGCCAUAUGGUGGCCAUAAUUCAUCAUCCACCUCGUCGUUACUGGGUGGCAUCUCGAGCGGCAGUAGCAGCACUUCGGGUAGUGGACAGCAACAAACUAUCGAGAAGCUGUCGCGGCCAAUGGCAUUCGAUAAGAUGGAGACGUUAGUGCGCGCCAUGCAGAACUCUGGAAAACCGGUGCCGGUGCGUCAGCAGAAAAUAUUUCUCAGCAAUAUUCCAUCUGCGUUUAUGGGCUAUGAUCUUAUCGAGUGGCUAAUGGAUCGCUUGCUGAUCGAGGAAUCCGAGGCGUUGAGCAUAGCCAAUCAACUUUGCUUGCAUGGCUAUUUCUUUCCUGUCAACGACACCAAAACGCUCACUGUUAAGGAUGAUUCGUCGCUGUAUCGCUUUCAGACGCCAUACUACUGGCCGUGGCAGCACAAGGCACCCGACAAUGUGGAGUACGCCAUUUAUUUGGCCAAGCGCUCACUGCGCAAUAAGCAACGUCAUGCCUUGGAGGACUAUGAGGCCGAAGCUUUGGCAUCGCUGCAUAAGAGUCUAAAAGGCAAAUGGGACUUCAUCUCGAUGCAGGCAGAGGAGCAGGUACGGCUGGCGAAGGAGCGUAAAAAGGGUGACAAGAUUGUCGGUGACUCACAAGAACGCGCUUACUGGCGUGUACACCGUCCACCGCCCGGCCAAUUUACGCCUUUGGAACCAUGCCCCAUACCGUCGCGUGACCGUCAGGGCUCGAAGCCUAAUAAAAAGAAAACUAUCGAAGAUGUGCAGCGCGAAGUAGACUAUCUCCGCAAAUCGCUCAACCGCACGCGCAUGAAAAUGUCACAGGCCUGCGAGUCACUGGUCGCUUAUUCAGAGACGUUCGCCGAGUAUGACUUCUUUUUGCAGCCAGUAUUGCCAUCGAACCCAUGGGUGACGGAGGACAUCACCUUUUGGCAGCUAAACAACACAUUCGUUGACAUACCUACGGAGAAGCGUGUCAAGCGUUGGGCCAUUUCCAUCGAGGAACUAGUUUCCGAUCCAACCGGCUUGCAGGAGUUCACAAGCUUUCUGGAAAAGGAGUACUCACACGAAAAUAUUCGUUUCUGGAUAGCAGUGAAUCGGUUGCGGCGUUCAGCGCACUCUCAGGUGCCACACAAGGUCAACGAAAUUUACGAGGAAUUUCUGAAGCCGGGCGCACCAUGCGAAAUUAAUAUUGACGGUAAAACGAUGGAGAGCGUGCUGAAGGGUCUCAAAAAUCCAUCUCGUUUCACAUUCGACUCCGCUUCGGAGCAUAUCUAUACGCUGCUUCUCAAGAAGGACUGCUACCCCCGUUUUAUACGCUCCGACCACUACAAGCGCCUGCUGGAGUCCGGCAUACAGCCGUCGCACAAGAAACGCUUCUUCAACUUUGGUGGCGUCGGCGGUGCGAAAAAGAAGAUGACUGCAGCGCUAUCUAGCCAACCGAAUCUUGGUGACGCGGCGACUGCGAAGAGUGUUAGCGGAGUGGGCGUUUCAAUGAUGCAGGCGCCUCCGCCCGGCCAUUUGGCACGACGGCGCGGCAGCGAUCGUAGCCUCACCGGCUCCGCGCACGAGUUGGCUGUGAUUGGCGUGAACAAGGAUAUUACAUCCAAAGUGCCGCACUCGCACUCGCAGAGCAACUUGAGUGAGAUUCCGUACAGUUGUGAGUCCAUUUACAGGGGGGACAUGCCGCAACUCCAGGUCACAGAAAUCACAACACAAGCUGCUCCGUUCGGAAAGCGCGAGAUUCGCGAGAGUAGCUUACGCUCCCAUCAAGAGACAUCUAAACCGAAAGCGGCCCGCCUGGAGACCACCGUCGAAUCGUCCAGUAGUGCGGUGUGCCCGUGGGAUAUACCUGAUGAGCCACCUGAAGCCCUCGCACCCACACUGCUUCAGACAUCGCAAGUUAAGUUGUCGGUGUGCCCUUGGGAGCAGGAAAGCGAACCUGUCGUCAUUAGCGGCAACGCAGCCAAAUCGACUACACAGCGUCUCACCAGCACUUCUUCGGACAUCACCGAUGUUUCGGAUCGCAUGCAGCGCAACUUGGGUAUACGCCAUCAGAAUACCGUCGAUAGCGGCGAGGCGAGUAAACGUCUAGUACCGAACUUCACUGAACAACGAAGAGCUUCAAUGUCCUUCACACCAUCUCGCCUAUCAGAGUAUCAUUUCGGUCAGACGUCCGUGUCUGCGAAGACCUCAUCUGCCCCAUCGCCCACUGUGGGCUGCCAAAGUGUUGUGGACGCCACACUCCCAACACCAACUCCACCGCUCUUCACACAAAGCAUAGCCACCAUGGCUGCAGUAACGGCGAUUAGUAGUUCCUCCGGUACGAUUACAAAAGAUCCACCUUCCACAUCGGAUGCGGAAGUCGAGGAGGAGCUCAAUAAGCUGGCGAUAUCGCAACGCAACAGCGAAUCAUCGGCAUCCGAAAUGUCUGUGCUACCACCUCCGACCCCAACACCGCCACCCCUUACUAAGGUGACACCACCACCCCCAGAUGAUAGCGUCUGCACUUACUAUCAGCAGGUCGAGAUAGUAUCGUGCGAGAGUUCGCAAAGUGAUCUGUUGUGUGGCGCCGAAGGAAGUGGCGGCAGUGACAAUGGCAGCAUAAUCAUAUCCGAAACUGAGGUGGAGGUGCCCGUGCAGGAAGUGCAAAUAGAGCUGAUUGAAUGCUUCGACUUUCAAGAAGAAAAUAAUCCACAGUUGCCAACACCAACAAUACAAAUUGAACUGGAGAUGGACGCGCCAGCUGCAGCUGAUGUACAAGAAGGAGCGCUGAGAAAAACUGAGGUCCCAGAGGACGAAGCACACGCAACACCAACGCCAAGCCGCGAUAAUUCCGUACCAGAAACGCCAGAAAUUGAACAGCAGCAGUCGUCAGCUGCUAGCACUCCAGAACCUCAAACAUCGCCACAAAUACACACCUCCAUGUCUUCGGGUGCACUGCCAAUGGCCGCGUCAACGGUACCUCCACCACCACCACCCAUCGGUCCUAUGGAGGAGGAAGAACAACUGCGCAUAGAAGAGGAAAUCGCAGCUGCACAAGAAACACAAGAAGAGCUGUCACCCACGACUGAUGAGUACCAAGAGGGCCUGCAAUUCGACACCGAUGGCAAGGAGGACUACGACUACGACAUCGUAGAUACAGAUACACAAGCUGGCUAUAUACCGCCGGCUCCUACUCCGGCACCAUCAAUGGCACCACUAGCUGAAAUGGACAUAGACACCGUGGACGAUGAGCCAUGUGAAGAGCCGGAGUUAAUGCUUGAGGUGGCCGAAUUACCAACAACACCGACACCAGCCAUCGAUGCAGUCGAAAUGAUGCCUGCGCUUGUUGAAACUGUAGCACCAGCAAACACAGAAGAAGUGAAAAAGAGACGGAAGAAGCGUGGCAUGGAUAGCAAAAAAAUACACUCCGUCGAUGAAAAAGAGAAGGCGAGUACGUCGGCAGGUGGCGCAACGGAAGCGAGUGGUGGCACAAAGUCCGAAGCUGACCGCAAUGCGGUCUGUCCAUGGGAGGAUGAAAACAUAACCACCAGUGAUGGAACCUUUGUAAAGACCUACGCAACGCUCGGAUAUUUAUGAAUAAAACAUAAUCUUUUCAAAUCUAUGGUCAGCAAAAUACUGAAGAAGAAGAAAAAUCAAAAGAAAUGACACUUGUUUGCAUCACAAAGUUACACACAAACUCAUGAACACCCACGCAUAUACAUAUACAUACGUAUGUAGAAAUUGAUUAAUGCCCUGCAGGGAGAUUUACUGAUUCCAAACUAUGGUGUAACUGGUUACAAACUGGUACCAGCUGGUGCAUUUUUAGGCAAUGUCUAGUGCAGGAAGACUAGAGUAGGCAGUAGGCGAACUUUGUAUGGAGUUUAAUUUCAAUUGUACCGCGAAAAAAUACUUAAAGGAAAAUGUUUUAAUAAACAGUAAAAAUUAUCAGACAUGAAAGAGUUGAAUGCUUCUUAUGGCAGCUUGCUAUUGAGUUAUUUAGGACCAAAAUCGGAGUUAUUACCGUUCGCCAAAUAACAUUUCAAUAUUUGUGAAGCCGAAAAUAUCAUUUUAGGUUAAUAUUUAUUUAUUAGUUUAAUUAAUUUAGUUUUAUUAAUAUUAAUUAUUUAUUAGAUUUUAGAACAAUGAACUCCAGAAGAGAAAGCUACUUCUGUUUUUUUCUCCUCUAUGCAUAUAAUAUACAUACAUACGUACAUCUCUCUAAAGCAACAUCCUUAUAAAACCUCUUUGAAAAUUUCGCUCUCUUCUUGUAGUUUUCCUGCAGGUCGCAUUUAAGCACACACUUACACAUUCACAUUACAUUCAUAAUUCUACAAUGACUUGCGAAGAAUUGGCCAUUUAAAAAAUUGUUCUAGAAUAACUACAAUACUAAAUACCCAUACAUAGAUGGUUAUAUGGAAAUCUCAAACACGUCACACCAAAAAGGUGCCCCUUAGAAAUGUAAAAUGCAUGCAAUCAGGAAGUAAGUGAAAAGUUGAAUUCAUUGCCUAACUAAUACGACACUUCAAGUGAAUUGUUUGUUGCUGAAAAAUAGUUUUUAAUAAAAGAAUACGUGAAUGCAUGCGUGGUGAAAGAAGAAAAGAUGGAAAGUUAAGGUACAGAUCGCUGAAGAGUACUUACACACUGUAACUAUUACUUAGUAUUUAGAAACUUUAGCAACAUUUUGUGACUUAAGGCAAAAAACGCAUAACUAGAGAGGGUGUUACGCCAUAAAAUACACAUACAUACCAACACAUUAUCGAACUACAUGCAUACAUAUUUACGCACGUAAAUUACUAGUUACCUUAAUGCUGCUGUAAGUUUUUUUGUACUUAGCUGCGAAGGAAAAACCUGAGAGAAAAAGGGGAGAAAAAUAGCUGCUUAUAUUGCAAAAGCUAUGCUCUGCUUGAUAACCGAAAAGGUGAGAAAAUGCUUAAGGAAUGAAGAAUGAACUUGGAGAAUAAAUGAGGGAAGUGGUUUUGUUGCUUAAAGAGGAAGUUGCUAAAAAGAAGAGGAAGAAGAAGAAGCAUAAAAGAGGAAACAUGCAAGUAAACAUUUGAAAAAUAAGUUGUGCUGAGUGGAAAAAUAUUCAGACAAAGUGAAUGCUUUUAUUUUUAUUUUGCCAUAGACAAGAAAGCACUAAUAAGAAAUAAAACCAAAAUUAUGUACAACUUUCAUUUAGUUUAUUGUUAAUCAGAGUUAACGAAUGCAUCGACUGCGCGAGUUUUGGUGUGUUCUGCUGCAGAGCGGCGCUUCUAAUUAGUAUGCACAUACACUCGUACAUGUGUUUGCAGGAUUUACUAACUUGUUUUUAAUUAGCUUAAAAAUAAAUUGAAGUAUGCGGUUACAAGAGACCGAAUCUGUUUAUUUUAAAUUAUGUAUUUAUUUAUUUCUUAUUUUAUUCCCCUCAACUUAUUUAUUCAACACACCUCUAAUGAAGCUGUGACCUCUUAUUUACAUAACCGUUUGUUUGGCUCAUUUGAAAAGAGAGCCGAUCGCUCUCAAACUUAGACUGCAAUAGAAUUACAACAGCAAGCAAGAAUAAUUUUGCAUGACUUCGUUAACCACCCCAGACGUGCAUUUCUCACCACGACUACUUUGCGAGAUUUGCAAAAACAAAAGUACGUAUGAUUUUUAAAACUUUCGCAGCUGCUGUUUCCUUUUGUAGAAUGAUGCUUUAUAUAAAAAGCCACUGCAUAAGACAGCGAAUGUGUACUCCAGCUGCAAUGUCUCGUCUUUCGUGCACACACAACUCUCGAGCCCCAAAAUGUAUGCAACGAAAACGAGACAACGUCAAGUAAAGAACUUUUUUGAUGCAGUCUGGAGUCACGGCAAGUAAUGCAUCAUUCUACGAGAUGCCAAAGUAGUAAAGAAAUUCAAUUAGUAAUAAGUAAAUACUUAUUGUAUUAUUGUGUUGAAAAAAAGGAAACAAGAAACAUAUAAAAUUGAGAACAAAUUGAAAAAUUAUACUGUAAUAAAUGUUGAAUAUAAACUUGAAUUACACUAACUAAGCAAAUGUACCUUUGAUGGAUAGAUACAAAAACAAACAAAAAAAAGUAACUUAGAAAAAAUGCUUAAUGUUCGUUGUUUCGUGUGUUUCAAAAAAGCGCUAAUACGCAUUGUUGCGUUUAGAUACAAUAUUUACUCACUUAUGCAUUAAUCAGACCGAAUUGGCGCCUAUAGCCUUUAAAUUUUAUGUGUCUAGCUAAAAAAUAUUGAAAAAAUUAAAAAAACAAAACAUACAGAAUAUUAACCAAAAAAACAAAUGCAUAAAAAAAUGUAAGAAAAAAAAAUUAUAAAAAAUUUAGUAAAAGUAUGAAAAAAAUAUAAAAAAUAUAUAUACAAAAAUGCAAAAAAAAAAUUAAUUUGAAAACUAAAAAUAUUCAUACAUAUUUGGUGUAUCCCUUGGAAUUUAGCCCACACAUACAUUAACAUUGAUAUACCAAACUGUAAUCGUUUGGAUCGAAAAUUUAAAGUAAUUUGCAAAUUAUACAAAAAAAUUAAAAAAAAUUAAAACUAAUUAAAUUAAAAUCAUGAACAAAUGCAUGACUAGAAAAUAUUCUUAGCACUAAGCGAAGUCAGUUAAGGCAAAGCAUGAAAGUUUUAAAAACAUUUACGUAUGACAGAAGCAAAAUGAAGGUGCGGAAAACCUACAGUCGUGGACUCCAUUCGUGAAUAGAGGUGGUGCAAGUAAAAAUCUUUAAAUAAUAAUAAUUUUAUAAUUUUUGGUUUAGCAAUUUUCCAACACAUUUUAUUAUUAAAUAAUGAAAAAUGAACUAAAAAUAAUUGAAAAGUAGUGAAAAACAACCGCAGAGUUGGAAAGUUUUAAGUGGCAGUAAAACUUCGCACAUUAAUUUUUUUUGUUUUUGCGAGCAUUAAAAAAUUUUAUUAUACAAUGUUUAUUUAUAACUAAUUUACUAUUUUUUUCGAUAUGCAGUAUUAGUUUAAUUUUACUUAUAAGCAGCUGGUCUAAUUUAAAAACAUAAGCAUUUGUUUCCCAAUACUUAAGCACUAAUUUAGUGUUGCAUUCAGCCAACCAACACCACUGAAACAAACUCUCACCCACACACACUCACUUCACCAUAAACUAAGGAAAAUUCUCAAUCAAGAAACGAGCUAAAUAAACAAAUAAACUAUUGGUUGUUGGUCAGACAAUUCACUCUCAAUAAGCUCGCUCGAGUAUUUUAUUUACAAAGAGUUACAAAAACAAAAAAAAAUUUAACAAAAAUAAAAAAUAACCAAAAAUUACAAAUCUUAAUUAAAAAUAUUAAAACUAGAAACUGGCUUAAAAAUGCAAACAGAACAGAAAAGGUCGAAAGGAAAUUAACCAGCAAAUUUACAUCAUAGCGACAUUUAACAAGUAGGAAAUUUAAAUUUAAAUAAUAAGCAAAAAAAUAAAAAAACAACAAAAAAAUAAAUAUUGUGCAUCUAAAAAUAAAUGAAACCACCGUUCAAAAAACACUCACUAAGAAAAAGUUGAAUAAAAAUAAAACCAAAGCGAAGAGAAAAAUAAUAGUCGAAAUCGCUUAAAGCCAACUCGUAGCAGAAAUAGGCCUAGAAUUUGAAAUAGGAAAUUUAGUUACAAUUGCCAAAUUAUACAUUUACAUUGAAAAGUAAAAGCAGGAAAGAGAGUAGGGAAAAGAGAAGGGUGAAAGGAGAGAAGGCAGAAAAGGGCAGAAAUAAAAGUAGAGAGCAGCUUAUGGAAAAUAUGGAUCAAUAUACUUUACUACAUUAUAAGGAUAAACAGCAUACAAAGCAAGGGCGCAUAAGUAGACAAACCAACAACAAAUAACAAAAAAAAUGUAAAAACAAAAAAUAAAAAUAAGUGAACAACAGAGAAGCUGAGGAUUUAGAUUUUUUUAACUUAAAUUGUUGAUGCAGGAAAAGUGUGUAAAUGGCGGCAUAAGGGCCACAAAUUUUGUGGCACGCAGCAUAAAAAACGACCCGAGGGACGACGGGCUGGCCAACGCUAACCGCAAAGCAAAGUAAUGCAAAAUCGAAUUGAAUUUCUUUUACUGACGCAUAGAAACUUGAAAAUAAAGAUUCAAAUUGAAAUAUUUACGUAAUGGUUAAGCAAAAAAAUAUGUAUAAUGUUAAAAUAAAUGAAGCUAAUAGUAAUUGUUGUUAUUGCGUAUAUAAUUAAUAAUUAGCCUUAUAAAACAUGGUUAUUACUAUUAUUAAAAGUGAGGCAUAGCCCGGUUAGAGUUAAAAACAAAUGGCAUACAUAUACACACGCAUACAUGGCUACACCCACACAUAACUGAAAAAACAAAAAAAAGAAAACAAUAGCAUACAAAAGGGAAUGUCCAAAAACGCAUUCGAAGCAAAAGUCAUUACGAAGACGUGAAAAAAUAACUGAUGUUCAUCUACACUCACACACAUAAAGCCAGUUUAUCCACAUGAAACCACGGUAAUACAACAAAUACUAAUCUAUAACGUCAAGUUUAUAAAAGAAAACAUUUGAAGCAAAUUUAAGCAAAAUUAAUGCUAACAAAAAAAAAAACACAAUAAAAUUACUUGGCCUAUUUUUCAUGUGCAGAGAUAACAGCAAAUAAAAAAUUAAAGUAAAUGAAUUCUUUACUAUUUAACACAAGCAACAUCAAAAUUCAAAAUGGGCAGUUACUAGCAGAGGCAAGUGAAGUGCGAAAGUGCAAAUAACUAACGGCAUAGAUACGCAUGCUUACCCACAUCCACGUGCAUGUGAAAAUGUGUGCGCCCUCGUAGCCAAACAAAGGGGGAAAACACAAAAAGGAAACGAAAAAAAGGAGAGAAAAGAAAGUAAGUGAAAGGCGAUUCAAAUAGUAAGGAAAUGCUUUUUCAGACACACAUACAUUCACCUACACACACACACAUACAUGAAAUAUGUAGACGUAGACUAAUUUAUUCGCAAUAGCUCAUACAAACACAGAAACCACACGCACAUAAAGAACAGUCAACAAAAACAAUAAGGCAGUCAAGUUGCAUAAGUAAAUAGAGGCAUAAACAUACACACAUACAUACAUACUUAAUGCUAUAAAAAAGUUAAAAAAAAAACCACAAAAAAAGCUAAUAAAUAAUUGAUUAGAAAAUAAUAGUACGUAGUUAAAAUAAAUGUUGAUUGAUUGAUUGGACUAAGACAAAAUAAAGAGGAAAUAACAAAAAAAAAAUACGCAAAAAGAAGUAAGAACCAAAAA